UCUCGGAACCCGCUGGCAGGUUGAGAGCGAGAGGGAGACACUUCCACACACACUGCGCCAAGACAGAUGAGCCAGGAGCGCCAGGACUUGGAAUGUGAAGCCGCUUCCAGAUGACACGGCGCUGAUCGGAGCGCUGCCCGCCGGUUGAGGGUUUGGAAUCCCGCCUCCCUCCCCUCCUCUUGCUUCUCGUCCAAUACCUCCUCUCUCUUUUUUUCCUCUCCCUCUCUUCCCAUUUCUCCUCUCACUCCUUCCUUUUAUCUCCCCGUCCCUCAUCUCUUUUUUCCCUCCCCUCCCCUCCUCUCCCACCCUCCAUCAGACAACGAUGCUGCCGCGGAGGUUCCGGGUAUUGGUCGUAACCGUCUUCCUGGUCGCCUGCACCAUGCACAUCCUGACGGACUUGCUGCCCCGCCUGGAGAGGAGGUCGGCGGGGGGAGCCUCCGGCGGGCCGGGGGCAGCUGCGGCGGCCGGGGGAGGAGGGGGUGAGGCCGGCUGCCCCUGCCAGCAGCACCGCCCGCCCGGCUGGAACAAGCACACACUGCGCAUCCUGCAGGACUUCGGCACGGCGCCGGCCGCUAACCGCAGCGGCAAGCGGCUGGUGUCCGAAGGCGAGCCGCGGGCCGCCGCUCGAAGCCGCCCCUCCAAACUGGCCGCCCUCUUCGGCCACCCGCUCUACCAGAGGCCGCCGCCGGCACUCGGCACCCAGGACAUCCUCUUCAACGUCAACUCGGACAUCAGGUUCAACCCCAAGGCCGGCGACCCCCGAGACUGGGCAAACGAAGAGGAAGGUGACCUCUCGGCCCCCAGUGAAACGUCAAUCGACUCGUACCCCAACUGGUUAAAAUUCCACAUCGGGAUAAACCGUUAUGAGUUGUACUCACGGCACAAUCCGGCGAUCGAGGCUUUGCUAGGGGACCUGGCCACUCAACACAUCUCCAGUGUGGCCAUGAAAUCCGGAGGCACGCAGCUGAAACUUAUCAUGACAUUCCAAAACUACGGACAGGCUCUCUUCAAACCAAUGAAGCAAACCAGGGAGCAGGAGACUCCUCCUGACUUCUUCUACUUCUCCGACUAUGAGAGACACAACUCGGAGAUUGCUGCCUUCCAUCUGGACAGGAUCCUGGAUUUCCGACGUGUGCCCCCGGUUGCUGGGAGACUGGUCAACAUGACGAGGGAAAUUCGAGACGUUACCCAUGAUAAGAAACUGUGGAGGACAUUCUUUAUCUCACCAGCCAACAACGUCUGCUUCUACGGAGAGUGUUCCUACUACUGCUCCACCGAGCACGCCCUGUGCGGGAAACCCGACCAGAUCGAGGGAUCGCUGGCGGCCUUCCUGCCGGACCUGGCCCUGGCCAAACGGAAGACGUGGAGGAAUCCCUGGCGACGGUCCUAUCACAAACGGAAACGAGCAGAAUGGGAGGUGGAUCCUGACUACUGCGAGGAAGUCAAACAAACGGCACCUUACAACUCCGGCACACGGCUCCUCGACCUCAUCGACAUGACUAUUUUUGACUUUCUCAUGGGUAACAUGGAUCGGCACCAUUACGAGACAUUUGAAAAGUUUGGGAACGAUUCAUUUAUCAUUCAUCUAGACAACGGCAGAGGGUUUGGCAAACAUUCGCACGACGAGCUUUCCAUCCUCGUGCCCCUGAGUCAGUGCUGUCGAAUCAAGCAAUCGACAUACCUUCGACUGCAGCUCCUGGCAAAGGAGGAAUACAAGCUGAGCGAUGUGAUGGAAGAGUCGCUGAUGAGAGACAAGCUCUCUCCGAUUUUGAUUGACGCCCACCUGAAAGCAAUGGACAGGAGAGUGAGAAUUGUCUUAAAGAUGGUCAAUGACUGUGUGGAGAAGGAGGGUCACAACAACGUGGUGGCAAAUGACAUAGACUUCAAAGUCAAUUUAGCCUCCUCCAAAAGGUAGUAGAGGGACCCCAAAGACACCCGUCUUUUUUUUUUACGCAUCUAAGUAAAAAAUAGAAAGUCUUGAAGAGACUGGUGAUCUAUGUUACUUUUUGAAUUCAAUGAAUUCAGAACAAAGAUGUAAUUGUUUCCAAAUAUGUAAAGUAUAGACUCUGGCGCAGAUUAUUAUAAUGAAAAGUUUCUAAGUUAAGGCACUUACUUGAUUUCUUUUUCACUAUUGAAUCCAAUCCUAAGAUGUGAAUAUUGAACAGCUGUGCAAUUCCAAAACAGAAGAAGCAAAAGACUUUAAAAUAUAUAAAUCUUUAAAUAUAUAUAUAUAUAUAAAUGAAAGGAAAAGGACUCUUCCCGCUGUGUGAAAACUUGAAAGUCGGUUUCAUUGGCCUGAGAAAACUGGGCUCGCGUUUGAAGACAAGGAUGGCGUGGGGAAUCUUCCUGACAGAUUGAUACCAGUGUUGUUCUUAACUCUUUGUGUAAAGGUAGGGACGGGGGCGGCUGAUGUCUGCGUCUGUGGCUCCAGCCGACUCCGUUAACGGUGUUCCUCAGCUUUAAUUUUGUGGUAAUUGUUUUUUGCGACCUGGUGAAAAGUGCAAUAAAAGUAAUGGCAACAA